CACCCUUUGAUUAUCCCAUGCCAAAUGUUUUUUUACCUUAAAGAUAAAUUGAAAACACCCUAAACCUAAACCCACUGAGAUUUGAUUUCAUCAAAUCAUCCAGUCUACGAUUUCGCAGUUUUUACUGAAGCGAUUCGAAGAAUGACCACCGGUCGUAAGAAAAAAGUUAAAAUAAGAUUUCAUCAUGGUGGAACCUUCAAGGGGAACCCAAAAUCAUCGUAUAUGAAUGAGAAACUAGAACUUAUGGAGCAUUAUGAUGUGGAAGAGAUAUGUUAUUGGAGUUUGUUGUCAAUGGUUCAUCAACUCGAGUAUGGUUUCGACGAGGUUAAGCAGCUAUAUUUUUUGGAACCGGGGAAGAGUUUAAGGGAUGGCUUGAAGUUGUUGUUUGACGACAAAAGUGUGCUCCAGUUGUCAAACCAUUUAAACAAAUUUGGUGAAAUUUCUGUUUAUGUUGACCACGUCUGUGAUGGGAAUGAGAAAUCUAGUGACAUUCCAUCACCAAAAGCUUUCUUUAUUGAUCCUGCUGAUCGAGAUUGUCAGGGAUAAACUAAGGGGAGGGGAGAUUUUGUCUUUAUAUUUUCUAUUAAUAAUCUGUUUUUUCGUUUAAAAUUUUAAAAGUUUAGUCCUUUAAAUUUUAUAAGUUUGGCCUCUCUAGCAUAAAAUCAUAUAUCCAUCGUUGCAGGUAGUCAUAUAACCAUAUCUGAUGGAUCAGAUAUCGAUGAUGCUGAAGGUUCCCGUCUCGAGGUCCUGCAGUUGGUGAUAAAGGUUUCUAUGUUGGCCAAAUAUUCAGAGGUGCUGCACAGUUUAAGAUGACUCUUAAGGAUUAUUCAUCGGUACAGAAAGAUUGAACAAGUUCGAGUGAGAGCUGCAUAUGCUGCUAAUGAUUGUGGUUGGGUGAUAUUAGCCUCGAGGCAGAGCAACGAUGAUUCAUUCCGGGUUAAGACAUAUUUCCCUCAACAUUCAUGCUUGUCUACCACUUACAAUGAGAUGCCAAAGAAAAAGAGGAGAAAUGGUUUCGAGGGUGCAAAGAAGAUGACAAUGUCUAGGGUUGAAAGCAUAUUAAGCUGUAGCUUUUGCCACAAGGAAGGCCACAAAAGAGCCAGAUACCCCAUGAUGCCAGAUGUACAGUAAUCUAAUAUCGUAAU